UUCGUGCCCUCGCCGAGCGCUCAGCUGGGACGUCCGCCGACUCUCCAGCUUCGUGGGUAACUCUCGAGCCGCGCCGCUCCAGAAAUCCUUCACGAGGAAGGGUUUACGGCGAUCUGGAGGUGGCGAGCGAGCCGGCUCGGCGCUAGAUCGGCGGUCGCGGAGGCUUUGCUUGCAACUUUGGACGCAACGAUGUCCAAGCCGCCGCCUAAGCCAGCUAAGCCAGGGCAGGUGAAAGUCUUUCGAGCCCUGUAUACGUUUGAACCCAGAACACCAGAUGAAUUGUAUUUUGAAGAAGGAGACAUUAUCUACAUUUCUGAUAUGAGUGACACAAAUUGGUGGAAAGGAACCUGUAAAGGAAGAACUGGACUAAUCCCCAGCAACUAUGUGGCUGAACAAGCAGAAUCCAUUGACAAUCCAUUACAUGAAGCUGCCAAGAGAGGAAACUUGAGCUGGUUGAGGGAAUGUUUGGAUAACAAAGUUGGUGUCAAUGGCUUAGAUAAAGCUGGAAGCACUGCCUUGUAUUGGGCAUCUCAUGGUGGACACAAAGACAUCGUGGAAGUGUUAUUGACACAGCCAAAGGUAGAACUAAACCAACAGAAUAAACUGGGAGACACAGCUCUGCAUGCUGCUGCAUGGAAAGGUUAUGAAGAUAUCGUAGAAAUUUUGCUGGGAAAAGGUGCCAGAACAGACUUAAGAAAUAAUGAGAAAAAACUGGCUUUGGACAUGGCUACCAACGCUGCCUGUGCUUCCUUGCUUAAAAAGAAACAAGGACAAGACAUAAUGCGAACAUUAAGCAACGCAGAAGACUAUCUUGAUGAUGAAGACUCUGACUGAAUUGCUUUAAUUUUGCCUUGAAAAUCGAUAGCUUCUUUUUUAUCCUUCUCAGAUUCUUUUCCUCUGCUGUGAUAAAAUAUUUUUUACUCACAAUAUGUGCUACUAUAAUUUAAGUUUGGGGAGACAUUCCUUAUAAAAAAAGCUCUCUCCUAUUAAGGCUAUAAAUUCCCUAAUUACUUUUUAAAUUAUUUGUCUAGAAGAGGGCUAUACUGAAAUAGGCUUCCUCUGUUAAAUAACAGGAACAGCAUUUAGAGAUGUCAGCCAUUUGGAUGGCGAAUAUGUAUUCAUCUUAAAUUAUGCCUGACAUGUUUUAGGCUAUUUUAUGGAGGAAAAAUCUCAGGAACUUGGAUUCUCCACAGAACAUUUUCACCAUUACCCCUUCUCCCCCUUUUCCCCUUUCAUAUAUAUAUUUACAGGUAGUCUCUCAUUAAGUGAUCUACUUUGUGCUAGAACUCCUAAUGGCAGGUUACAUAAAGAAAAUUUGGGCCAGGGAGCUAAAAUGACUCCUUUAAUGUUUCCCUUGAGAACUGGCUGUGAUAGCAAUUACUGUAAGUUCAUUCGCAUGCCACCAAAAAUAGAAGUUUAGCACCAGAUGAGACAGGGAGAAAAUAAUCUUGGGGGAAAAGAGAGAAAAUGAAAGAAAGAUUGUUUGGUCAGCUAAAAUACAGCCAUUUUGCCUUGAUAGUUGUUCAUAGCAGUCUUUUGCAGUUUAAUACCCUUUGGACAGGGGUGUCCAACCUUGGCAACUUUUAGACCUGUUGGACUGCAACUCCCAGAAUUUCUCAGCCGUCCAUGUAAUUCUGUGAGUUGAAGUCCACAGGUCUUAAAGUUGCCAAAAUUGAACACCCUUGCUCUAGGGGUCUUGUCAAUACAAUUGGAUAUAUAGAAGUUGCCUUAGAGAGUAAAAGGAGGCUUUAUCUGUAUUCUACAAUGGAAGAACUGUAUCGAGAAUUUGAUCCUAGAGACAAGGAAUGUAUGUUUAAGCUGAAACCUGUCCUCCAUAAUAGUAAUUUUGGAGAUGAAAAAAGGCUGAGCACACUCUUUCUCUCUAAUUUGUAUAUGUGAGAUAUUUUCCCAAUGGUUCAUUUUCUUGGCCCUGUAUUUCACAGAAUUGCUGCCCUAUGUAUGUAUGUAUGUAUGUAUGUAUGUAUGUAUGUAUGUAUGCAUGUUGAUGUGCUUGUGUGUGUCCAAGUCCUAAAUUUUAAGUGGAGGCAAAAUGAGGUAAGAUAUCCUCAGUUGCCUUGCUUUAUGGCUUUAUGAGGUAAUAAGCCAAGAAAUAUGGCAUCUAUCCAACUGAACACAUGGAGAAUCCUGUUAGUUUAUCUGUACCAUUUCCACCAGCUAUUGAGCAAACAAUGGAAUAGUAUAAUCCUGUUAAGUCUCAUCUUCUGUUUCACCUAAACGUCUGGUUGAAGUUGUUGCUACAGACGAAUCCAACAUUUGGAGUUAAGAGAGAUAUAAUAGGCCAAUCCAUUUCUGCCCUUUAUUAUAUCUGUAGAUUACAACAUAGACAGGGCAGUAAAUCAUUUUUCCUAAAGUGUUCCUGGCUGGAAUAAUGGGAGUUGCAUUGAAACGUAUCUGGAGUAUAUAAUAUUGGGACCAGCUGCACUAGUAUUUAUACUAGAAUUCAUUCACUGAGGACCAUGGUACAUAACCUGUUUGUACAGGUUGCCCACUUAAUUUGGGGGAAAUUUACCCGGAGAUACACGUUAUUCUGCUGUAAUUUGAAAGAUAUUUGUGGUUGUGUCUGUAACAGGAUGUUGAUGACUCUUUUUGCCAUAUGCUCUUAACUUUCCUGUUUCUUUUCAUCUUUAAAGUAUUUCAUUUCAAAACGGAUAUGUUUCUGAACUCGUGAUGUAAAAAAGCCUAUGAACCAAAAGUAUCUUCAGAAAAACAUUCAGUAUGAAUAAAUAUUUUUAAAUGCUUUGAAA